UCGACGCUUUCGUUCUUCCGCUCCGGUUCCGCUCCCUUCACGGUUGACUUGCGCUCCCACUCUGCUUUGCGCGAUGCUGGCUCAGAGCUGCUUCAAACGAAUAAAACCGCACUUUUGGGGCUCUGAUCACCUCGUAUCUCUACGUGGCCAUGCCAGACAGUACUCAAAACAAUCGAGUGAUGGGUCCAUAUUCUCUGAAAGUGAAUCACCGUGGGACAAGGUCUUUGAGAAUAUCGAGGAAGAUUCGCCUGUUCUCCAUCCUGGCUCUGCGCGGAGGCCGCAAACCUCUUCCCCGCUACCAGCCCGUUCACCGCGCAAGCAGGCCAUGACCGCACGCGAAGUUAAUGCCUUCGACCAAAUGUUCAAUAUGAUCUUCGACGCAGUGUCCAAACCCCCCUCAAAAGACCUUAAACGACCCGACGUCAGCGCGCGUUCAUCUACGUCUGUAGGCAUCGGGCGGGCCCGGUCGCAGCAGAUGAGUGACCUGUUCGGGAAGCUGCGGCGGCAGUCGAAGCACUUGCGAUGGACGAGCGAGGCAGACGAGGAGCUGGACAAGAAGAAGGAAGCGAUGGAGCUGUGCGACACGGACCAGCAACUGCUGGAGUGGGCGAUGCGCGAGGUCUUCGACGAGUCCACGCGCUGCGAGGAAAACGCGAGGAAGGCAUCCGAGGACCCCUCUACCUCUAAGCGACCGGCACAGCUGCAGCCACCGUGGUACCCACAGACGAUAGCCCUCCUCAUGCAGACCUUCCGCGAGAAGUACGACGACCCACAUCUUGCGCUGUCGAUCUUCGACCAUGCACGACAUCUGUCAGUCGUCUCUUUCGUGUUUGGCUGCACGACGCCAGUGUACAACGAACUUAUCGAGACGCGCUGGCGAUGUUUCCGCGACCUGCGAGGCGCCUGCGAGGCGCUCGAGGAGAUGCGAGUGAAUGGCGUCGAGGUGGACGGCCGGACGCUGACACUCGCGGAGAAGAUUCGACGGGAGGUCGGCGAGCGCAAUAUGUGGCAUGAGGAGUCGACUAUUGGCAGCGGGGAGGUCUGGGACAUGGUUGCCCGAAUAGAGCAGCUUGUUUCCCAGCCCACGGGCCCACGGAGGAUCGAAAAGCAGCGGAAGUCUCGAACGUGGUCGCCCACCCAUUCAAAGAAGUGGUCUUCUGCGAAUGAAGUCUGGAAGGGCACCGCGCUUGAGGAGGGCGAGUCAAGUGACGGCUGGAAGUUUGACAAUUGGGAAUCACCAUCGAGUACAGCGCAUUAGAUUAGAUUCGAUAUGUAUCUACUCCUUUAGACUGUGCUCGUUGCGAGAUAGUGAGGACCCCAUGCUCGCCCGGUAUCGGCUUCCACUGCUCAAUAAGCGAAGCCGGCAUCCCCAAAGCAUCCCAACGUCUUUGCAUUUGGCGGCUUGAAUGGAACGUUGUACCCUGGGUGCCCAUUACGUGAUGAAAAUGUGCCUGCGUGACGCCUUCCCCCACCGGACGACAGAUUCCUUCGCAGCCGUUCUCACUUGGA